AUGAAGUACGUUCCCCCUCACAUGAGGGCCCAAACGGAGGCCAAAGAAAAAAAGGAAGCAGAAGCAGAGAAGCUAGAACAAUUGAAGGAAAAAAUUGAAAACGCCAAGGAGGAAAAAGACAUUGAUAGUGAUAGCUCAACAGAAGGAGAUGAUUUCGAAAUUGUGUUAAACAGUGGCGUCAUCAGUCAGAUAGCCAAAAAUAAAGAUCUGAGAGGAGAGUUGUUAGGAUAUUACAUAAAAAAUAAUGAUGAAAAAAAAAAAAAAAAAAAAAAAAAAAAAAAAAAAAAGGCAAAAAGUGGAAAUAACGAAGACGAUAAAUUGGGUAAUAAAAAUAAAAAUGACGCCGAUGAGGAGGAUGACGAGGACGAAUAUGAAGAUUAUGAGGAGGACGAUGAUGAUGAUGAGGAAGAUGAUAAAAGAAGAAGAGAUACAGGAAAGGACAAGAAAAAAAAUAAAAAAAAUGAGCAAAAAAAAUUAAACGUUGUAGAAAUUAACCAAUCAUUUUGUGUGUGUAACAUUGAAGAUAUAUGCAUAGACAAAAUUUCGAAAAUGACAAACAAGUAUCAGCUUGCAAAACAAAGACAAACCGAGUUAUUAAAUAAUUUAGUGUUAUAUUUUAAUAAAAAUAAAUUUGAAGAAGAAGGAGAAAAAUAUAUAAGUGAAGUAAACACGUACUAUGAUGAUUAUACAAAUAUUAUGACAGAGCUAAAUUUCGACACAACGUCCUUUGGAUUUUAUGUUAACCUGUGUGACAUUAAGAAGAAGGAUGUGUUGGCCACACUCCUGAUGUGUUCCCUAAUUAAUAAAAACUCCUUUGUCCUUUGCUUUAGUGAUAAAUAUGGCAAAUUAAUUUUUUCUGCUUACAAAAUUGAUGUGGAUGUGGUAUAUGAAAUUCGAAAUCAAAUAAAAAAUGCGACAUUUAAUCAGUUUAAUGAUAUCCUGAAUGUUGAAUUGAAGAAGAAAGGACUGAACAGUAAAACGAUUUUGCAGAAAAUACCCAUUCGUAUAAAAAACUCCAUUAUAAGUUCCCUCUUUUUGAAGGUACUUAAAAAUAAAAACAAAAAUUUUGUAUCUUCUAUGGAUUAUUUGAAUGCACAGGAAGUAGACUCCCUCGAGAGUUACAUCCACGAUACCUGCAAGUCGCUAGAGUUGCUAAAAACGGAACAGGACAAAAUGAUAAAAUAUAAGAAGGACGUCUUCAAGCAACUCCAGACGCAGAAAAUUUAUCAAGAAAAGAAAAAACUCGAAAAAGAAAAAAAUAAAAUUGAACACGAUAAUCAGGAAACAAACGAAGAUGAUAUUAACAUGCAGAAUAUUUUUAAGAGCAUCCCACAACCCUCUUUGCUUUUCCCUUACGUGCUGACCAUGAGUAAUAACUUGCUAAAUGAUAACAUUAAUAAUUUGUGCAGCCAUGCCAUUGCCAAGUCUUACUUGUACUACAAGAAUGCAAAGCCGUGA